GUUGUCCAAGGUUGCUUUUUUCCUUCACAGUCCACAACCCUUUACUGCGUUUUUCAUUGAAUUAUUGAGUCUCAGUAGUAGUAGUAGUAGUAACAGCAUUGUUUUAAGAGCUUUUGCUUUUUAAUUUGCUAGAAAACAAGAACAUUCAAAUUUUUUGCUUUUUCUUUUUAAUCUCUCCUUUUUUUUCCCCUUUUGUUUUUCUAUAUCUAUAGUUUGAUUUCAAUUGAAAUUUUAUUAUAGUUUAAACUGAGUUUUAAUUUUAUGUCAAGCUUUAUAUCAUAGUAUGUGUGAAAGUGAUUAUUACAAAAAUGGCUUAAAUUUAGAGUCCACAACCACAAUUUGACUCAUUUACCCUUCAUGUUUAUAUAUGUGCAGGUGUUAAGGAAGUUCCAUUGAUUACAUAUUCUUGAGCUAAGAUGGAUAAAUCAUCCAACUUUGGUGAUAACUGUGAUGUGAGGUAUCACCUUUCACCUUCUAUGGAUCAUUCAGUUAGUGAAACUCCUCCUUUUUCUAGAUUGAGUGGUGAUUCUUUCGGAUACUGCCGAGUUUGGACAAGCUCAGACGCGUCAAAUUCAAAUUUCUCUGACACUCUAGAUGAUAGCAGCUAUGCCAGUGAACCUUCGCCUUUGCCUUCACCUUCGCCUUCUCAGUGGAGGGAUGUUAAACCUGGUCUUUCUAGGCUAGGAAUGAAGCUGCGCAAGCAAUCAGUUGAUGAUAAACUUGAUGAUAAUGAUCUCUUGGAUUCAGGUGAGCUUGAAAUGAUGAAGGAAAGAUUUGCAAAACUUCUACUAGGAGAAGACAUGUCUGGUGGAGGAAAAGGUGUUUCCACAGCAGUUACAAUCUCAAAUGCCAUUACCAAUCUCUAUGCAACAGUAUUUGGACAAAGUUUAAAGUUGGAGCCGCUGAAGCCAGAGAAGAAAGCCAUGUGGAAAAGGGAAAUGAAGGUUCUUUUAUCAGUGUGUGAUUACAUACAAGAAUUUGCCCCAACUGCACAAUAUUUAGAAGAUGGCACAAUUGUGGAGAUGAUGAAAAGCAGACCAAGGUCAGAUAUCUAUAUCAACCUCCCUGCACUACAGAAGCUUGACACAAUGCUUAUAGAAAUAUUAGAUUCUUUUGAGGAUACUGAAUUCUGGUAUGCAGAGAAUAUAUCAGCAAGUUCGCCUCAUUUACGCGCAGCCUCAUUUCGGAAGAUUGUUCCAAGGAAAGAUGAGAAAUGGUGGUUACCAGUUCCCUGUGUUCUCCCUGGUGGCCUCUCUGAGAAGUCAAGGAAACACCUUGCAGAGAAACGGGAUUGUGCUAAUCAAAUUCAUAAAGCGGCAAUGGCAAUAAAUAGCAAUAUUCUUGCGGAAAUAGAUAUUCCAGAAACAUAUAUAGAUGAUCUUCCAAAGCUGAAAUUCUAUUGCCAAGUGAUUGAGGAUUCCUUUAAAUGUGACCCUAUAAGACAAAUGUCUUGGAAUUUAUCAUCAAAUUUGAUAAGCCUUUUAUGGAAGCCAAUAAUAGCAGCUGAAUCUUGUAGAAAACGGGACGAUAUAAUUUCAUAUAAGAGUGGAAGAGGAAGUCUAGGAGACACAAUUUACCACUAUAUGUAUACUGCUGACAAGUUCUCGCCUGAUCGCCUUCUUGACUGUCUCAAAAUAAGUUCUGAGCAUGAAGCACUCGAUCUAGCAGACAGGGUCGAAUCAUCGAUGUACACGUGGAGACGUAAAGCUUGUCUUAGCCAUUCAAAGUCAUCAUGGAAAGAAGUAAAAGAUCUGAUGGAUGACACCGAUUGGAAGGACAAAAACUACAUCUUAGCUGACAGAGCUGAAGCUUUGUUGUUUAGCCUCAAGCAAAGAUAUCCUGAACUUUCACAAACUUCUUUGGAUACAUGCAAGAUCCAAUACAACCGUGAUGUGGGGAAAGCAGUACUAGAAAGCUAUUCAAGAGUUUUAGAAGGCCUAGCAUUUAACAUUGUUGCUUGGAUUGAAGAUGUUCUGUGUGCAGAUAAAUCAAUGACAAAUAGAGAAGUCUAGAAACCACAACUGGGUUUUACAACUUCAUCACAACAAUGCUUCUCUUCCAUUCAACAAUCUUAUUGUAAACCAAGGAUUUGGGAGAAUUUAAGACAGUUAGUACUUGGUAGAUGAUGUGUGAAAAUGUAUUAUUCACUUGCAUCUGUGUGAAGCUCAUUUGUCAACAGUAUAUAGAAGACAGUGUCAACAUUCAGUUGAAUUUUUAAGCAUAACUUCCAACAGACACACAAUAAAUAUACACUAGGAAAUAUCAGUUAAAUUGCUCAACUCUGGAAAUUUAUUUGAUUUUGGGCGCUAGAACUAAUAGCCGAUCUAAUUACAUCAAAAAUUUAAAACUGUUUUUUCUCUAGACUAAACACAGCUAGGUUUAUUAGGUAAAUUUUUCCUUUGAUUUUGACAUGUUUAUAAAUUUUAUUCAAGUUCUAUUUUGGUGAACCAAACCAAAA